AUGGGUGGUCAUAUUCGUUCCAAACGGACUGUAAAAUAUGCCUGCGUGAUAUCAGUUUUCUUUCUUAGUGGUUUAUCUCUGCGAACAAGGCAACUUGCGAAAGAAAUUCUUCAUAGUCUUACUCAAAUCUACAGCCUAAUAGUCGUUCUAUUUUUAGUUUAUUAUUUAACACUAUUUUUAUUAAAUACGUCUAUGAAUAAAACAUUGAUUUUUGGUAUGAUUAUAAUGGCUUCAACGUUUAUAACAAUUGCUAAAAAUGUUAUUAUGACUAAGAAUGAUUUAGGCAAUGAAUAUGCUGCAUUAUUAAAUACAAUAAUUGGUAAUAUUUUAGAUUAUGGUCAUGCUAUUGAAACGUUAAGUUUAACUGUUUUACUUCGUUUAUUUAUUGGACAAGCAAUUCAUUUAUUAUGGAUAAAAACAUCCGUACUUUCUACUUGUUGUUCUAUGGGAUCGUUUAAAACGAUCGAAACACAAGAUCAUAUAAUUUAUUGGCAAUUUUCUGAAAAAGAUUCUGCAGCAAUUAUGUUUUAUAGUGCAAGUAAAACUUUAGCUAUGGGAAUUUCAGUAAUCAAUGCUUUAUAUGGUGAUACAAAUCAAGCUCUUACUGGUUUACUUUCACUACCAUUGAUAGUAUAUCAUGCUGAACAAUUAAUUAUCGGAAAAUUGGAUUAA